GUUUUCGUGAGAGCAGACGCGUUGUUUUGACAUAAAUCGACUUUUCAAACCCCCCUGACCCGUUUCGGUGAAUUCCCCGGAUAGGUGGCUUGUUUGUUGCUACUUCUCUGAUCGAGUCGCUUAGAAAAAGGCGACUUGAUUUAGCCAAUACGAGCGUGUUUGUGAACGCAGGAGGAGAGGGAUGCCGCUGCAGACAGACUCCGACGGACGCCAGCAGUCUUUGGAUUUAAUCUCGUCGCAUUUAAUCGGGAAGAGCAGUUUCUCUAUAAAUUUAAAAGGCCUCAGAAUAACGCAUCCUCGACCGAGUGCCUGUGUAAGAUGCUUAAACUCGAGUGUGAAUUAAUUACGCAGCUGUGAAGCGGAAACACUGUUAGCAUCGCAAAGCUAACCAAGCUAGCUACCUAGCAUUAGCGGGUCAACAAAGCGCGAAUCGUUCAUCUUUUUGGGGUUAAGGAGACCAGUUUCUACGGGUGGACUCUGUUUCUUUCUGCCUGUGCUGAUAAAAUAACUCGAUCGCAAUGAAACUGUUGGAAAGCUCCAGCUUUGAAGCCCUCAGCUCUCGGCUGUGUGUUGAAACAGGAGAGUCUCGCAUUCUUGGCAGGAUGGAGAGCUACUCCUGUAAGAUGGCAGGAGACGAUAAACAUAUGUUCAAGCAGUUCUGCCAAGAGGGGGAGCCCCACGUCCUGGAGGCCCUCUCUCCCCCUCAGUCCGCCAGCGCCACCAGCCCUUCACAGCUGGGGAAGAGCAGUGAAGACGGUGAGAACCCCUUGAGUGACAAGUGUUGCAGGAAGACUCUUUUCUACCUCAUCACCACUCUCAACGAGUCCUUCAGACCGGACUACGACUUCAGCGCCGCACGGGCCCACGAGUUCAGCCGAGAGCCCAGCCUCAACUGGGUGGCUAAUGCCGUGAACGGCAGCCUGUUCUCAGCUGUGGGAGAGGAGUUCAACUCUCUGGGGCCGGAGCUCUGGAACGCCAUCGACCAGGAGAUCAACCUGCAGGGCUGUGACAUUUACAGCUACAACCCUGAUCUGGACUCAGACCCCUUUGGUGAAGAAGGGAGCCUCUGGUCCUUCAACUACUUCUUCUACAACAAGAAACUCAAGAGGAUUGUAUUCUUCACAUGUCGCUCCGUCAGCGUCUUGAGUGGCUAUGGCCGUGAUUGUUUCGACAACGAGCUGGACAUGGAGCUGGAUGACGAGGAGGAAAUGGACGGCUUCACUGAGGACAGGUUCCCCAGAGUUCUGUGCGUGUGAAUUUCCCAGAUGGACACGCCAAAGAAUAUCUAGGCUUUUCCUCCUCCUCAUUUUUCACCCCAUGUACUUUGUUGUUUUUUUUUUUGGAUUUUGCUGCCUCAUCCAAAGCCAUUUUCACGCUUUAGACCAGUGCAUGUUUGAAGCCUUCUCUUCUGCUGGCAGUGAUAUGUGUACAGCUGGUGGACAUUAUUUUUUUUAUUUUUUAAAGACUCAAAGCUUCUCCAGUAUGGAUUUUAACCCCAAGCUCAAAACAACAUACAUACAUACAUACAUACAUACAUACAUACAUGCAUACAUACAUGAGCUCCUCUAAACCUGCCACAUUUCCAAAAGAGGCUCUUCAUGAACGCUUGAGAAAAAGGAAGGUCUCGUAAUGGAUGAGUGGCCAACAAAGACUGCAAGCGAGCAGAGUUUCUUGCAAAUGAUGUCACAAAGAGGAGUCCAGAAAGCACCAGCAUUAAUGGAGACUGACAGAUUAAGAUGAUGUUCCUACUCGAAAAGGAUCUGUUCUGGGUCCAUGAGAAACCCUUUUAAGACUGGCUGACCCAUCAGCGGAGAACUCAUCUGCUGUUCCAUUGUUUGCUAUCAGUGUGUGUGUUGCUUUUUAUUUUUUUAUGUGUGACAGUGAUGUUACUGUGAGAACUUUCUUCAGCACUGAGUUUUAAAUUUAAAAAUACCGCUGCAUUUAUAACUGAAGCUUGUAUUGUUGAAUCUUAUUACUGCGAACGCUCGUCUGUAUUUUAGACAGUAGGGCACGGCCAAGGAAACGAGGCACCUGGGUUGCAGCUUAGAAAACAUAAGUUUUUGAUAAACGUACCAUUGUUAUGUUUCAAUCGCCUAUUAUCCAGUUCCAUGUUUAACUUUAUAUGUCGUCUAAAUCAAGUUUGUUUCUUUUCUUCACUGUCCCUUAAUCUAUUCCUGAUUAAUCCCCGUUUCUAAACGUCUUGUCUUGCCAGUGUUUUUUCUUUGCUCAUUACCUCAGUGAAAAGGCUUCAUUGAAAAGUGAAUGUAUAAUACAAAUUAGAGGAAAAUCUUUACAGUAAAAUGUCUGUUUUAAUGUACUUUUUUUUUUUUUUUUUUUUUUGUAGAUAUUAAGAAUCUCCUUUUACGUUCCUUACAAGUGGUUAAGAGUUGUGUCUUUUCCUUGACUGCUCUGUGCUUCGUUUGAUUGGCGAUUACGCUGCAGAUGAGAAUAAACUGUUUGAAUCCUA